AAAAUUGAUAAGGCUAUGGCAAAUACAAAUAUACGCUUAUUGUUACCUUGCAUAUUAGCCAAUUGUAGAAAUUCGACUCUUUUUCACGUUCUCAGACAUAUACAGGCCUUCAGGCUUUUGGCGCUGUAUGUUUACAUAAGCCAUGUAUUUAACUGAAUUAUUGUUAUGAAUGGAAAGUCACCCGGAGUUUGUCACAUUCAGCUGUUGAGCUGAGCUCUUGUUUCCCUUCAGCGUUCAUUCAGCUAUCCUGACCUCUAGCGGUUUCCAGCUGCAAUAGCAAAUCGUUUAAAUGCUAAAAGUGGUUGUACAGAUUUUAAGUAUUUAUUUAUUUUUAUUUAUUUAUUUUGGUCAGUAUUUCUGAUGUAGUCUGAGUUAUGUUGUUUUUCUAACAAGAAAAAAAAACGCGUUUAGAUGGGUUGCUAAUUGAAUUCGGCCUAAUUGAAAUGCUGUGAUAGACCCCUCCUCCCUCUCCGUCUGCCUGACAUGAAAGUGUAGAGGCGGACAGAGAGAGGGAGAGAAAGAUGCUCAGUCUGGAGUAAACCCUGAAAAUAGCAGGAGCCCGGUCAGGAGUGCAGACCUGCACUUUCUGACAUGAAUGGAGUCACUUUGGAAAAUAUCUGCUUCUAUAGCAAUAAUUAUUUUUGGAUGGACGUGGAAAUAAAUAAUACUUUUGCAGCACGGAAUCUGUGUUUUUGAUUUACAGCUGAACAGGUGCGCCAAACUAAAGAUUCUCAGCGUGGCUUUUCCCUCUUUUUUUGGACGGAACUUCCGAGUUGGGAUAAUAAGAAUGGAUAAACACUGGAUUUAUGCAACUUAAUUAAAACAUCUUUACGAAAAACACUUGAAAAGAACAUCUCACCUUAAAUAUUACAACCAGCAGGUGCAUGUGAACAACGGGAAAAACAGAAGCCAUGAAAACAGCCGAAUUAUACGGAAACGAGCGUGGAAUCCAGCUGAAAAUAGAAAUGGUUUAAAAGUGUAUGGCUGUAUAAUGGCAAGCUUUAAGAAUCAGCUGGUCUUCCUGAGAAUUACUCUUCUCUGUACUAUCCUAUGUGAGUCAAUUUCUUGUUGUGAGAAAACUCACUCUCAUGCUGAAGAUGAACUCUUUAAAAAGUUAUUUGAUGGCUAUAACAAGUGGUCAAGGCCUGUACCAAACACCUCUGAUGUUGUGAUUGUCAAGUUCGGUUUGUCCAUCGCCCAGCUGAUUGAUGUGGACGAAAAGAAUCAGAUGAUGACAACAAACGUCUGGCUCAAACAGGAGUGGAAUGAUUAUAAACUGCGCUGGAAGCCUUCAGACUACGACAAUGUGACUUCCAUCAGGGUUCCAUCAGAACUCAUCUGGGUUCCGGAUAUAGUUUUGUACAACAAUGCAGAUGGAGAGUUUGCGGUGACCCACAUGACCAAAGCCCACCUCUUCCACACAGGUAAAGUGCGCUGGGUUCCACCUGCCAUCUACAAGAGCUCAUGCAGCAUCGAUGUCACCUUCUUCCCCUUUGACCAGCAGAACUGCAAGAUGAAAUUCGGUUCGUGGACUUACGACAAAGCCAAGAUUGAUCUAGAGCGCAUCGAGAACACAGUGGACUUGAAAGAUUACUGGGAGAGUGGAGAGUGGGCCAUUAUCAAUGCUGUAGGCACAUACAACACCAAGAAGUACGACUGCUGCCACGAGAUCUACCCAGACAUCACCUACUUCUUCAUCAUUCGCCGUCUGCCGCUCUUCUACACCAUCAACCUCAUCAUCCCCUGCCUGCUCAUCUCCUGCUUGACUGUACUGGUCUUCUACCUUCCGUCCGACUGUGGUGAAAAGAUCACCCUGUGUAUUUCAGUCCUCCUCUCACUCACUGUCUUCCUCCUGCUUAUUACAGAAAUCAUCCCAUCCACUUCGCUCGUGAUCCCACUCAUUGGUGAAUAUCUGCUUUUCACUAUGAUCUUCGUCACCUUGUCCAUCGUUAUCACCGUUUUUGUGCUCAACGUCCAUCACCGGUCACCAAGCACUCAUAAGAUGCCCUGUUGGGUUCAUUCUGUCUUCUUGGAUCUGAUCCCCCGUUGGCUGUUUAUGCGCAGACCAGCACCGGACAGCCGUCGCAGACAGAAACUCUUGCUUCUGCAGCGACAGGUGCCAGGAAUGACAACACGGGUGCUUGGACCUGCAAAUGCAACCCUGAGUACAUCUACUAGCUGGUUUAGAGGGCAGAACUCUGGGGAGGACGAGUCCCGUAGGCACUUCAGUUAUAAGGACUUAGAACUAGGGACACUAUCCUCAGCCAUCUCACUUUCGCUCCAAGCCGGCUCACCAUGUCCUCUUGGCUUAACUCCGCCUCCUCUACAAAAAUUUGGCCCGUCCCCUAGACUGGAGGUGGGCGUGGCUUCCAGGCAGCCCUGUGGAAGAUCUAAUGUUACAAAGAGGCUUGACAACAUGAUACCCUAUGACAACCCAGGGUUCCCUCUGUCCCCCAGCGUCCUUCAAGCUUUGGAAGGGGUCCACUAUAUUGCAGACCACCUGAGAGCCGAAGAUGCUGAUUUUAGCGUAAAAGAAGACUGGAAGUAUGUUGCGAUGGUAAUAGACAGAAUCUUCCUAUGGAUGUUCAUCAUUGUAUGUUUGCUGGGUACAAUUGGGCUCUUUCUCCCACCAUGGCUCGCAGGCAUGAUCUAGAAACACAGCACUGAGUAUCUUCUAAGAACAUUGAGGACUUUUAAUUCAUUGGCUUCCACAGGAAGAACCAGCAUGGGGACACAAACGACCCUCUUUGCAGUGAUCGGCAAGCAGUAAUGGUGAAAUUUCUCCUGCAUAUAGGGUAACAUGCAUGUCUGAGAACUGGAAUGUGGCACCAAUCACCUGAUCUGUCCACCAAUCUAUACAGGUUCUUUGUCCCUUUCCUGAAAUAUGACCCACAGGAGUGUUCACUAAAAUAGUGCCCCGACUGAGAGUAAGGCACGGCAUUCAUUGUGAACCUUUAUCUACGUAAAAAUCUAAAUUGAUAGAGAAUUGCAUUAUGGUAGCGCAACAAACUUGGGUUUAAUACCAGAGAACACACGCAUUGUUAAAAUGUAAACCUUGAAUAAACUAAAUUGUGUUCCAUUUGCCAAAUUUUGGUAAUUGGAAAGAGGUAACGUACAAAUAUUGGUUAAAACAUGGGAUAUAGCUAUGGUGAUGUUUUGAGAAAUCCUUUCUGAGAUUUUUAAAACUUAUCACUAUUCCCUAUUAAAUCGAUUCUGAGUUUAGUUGACACUAUAUGCUUAACAAAUAGCAGUACUCUGCUUGCAACUUAUCAUAGAUAUAUACACUAGAUAUCGCAUACGGACCCUGAGCAUGUGUCAUUAGCGCCACAUUUGUACAGUGUACAGUUGUACGGUGCUCCCACGACAAAAGUCAUUCAACCGCACUAGUCAAGACACGGUUCCAAUGUGAAAAUGCUGGACUGUGAACGGGUGUAGUAACGAGAAAACAAAGAAAACAAAGCACAAAGACAGAACAAUUCAUAGGUAAGAUUUCGUUUUUUAGGUUUUUGUAUGUUAACUUUUGUGCUAAACAAGUAACGUUAUUGAUGUUAAUACAGUCACUUACGGCAUUCACCAUAAGGCAAAGUAGCACCAACUCGCACUAAAUACUAGGCUUAUGCUAGUUUUCUUGAAUAAAAAUCAAACAAUAUGAAUUAAAUAUGAUAACAAGAUGCUGCGGUGCUCGAAACUGGUAUUAUUGUCGGCUAAGUGAACGAGUCAUUCAUAACGGGGAUUCAUUCACAAACGAAUCACUACCUCCAUUAUAAUGAGAAGUGAAAGCAGGAGAGGAGGUGUGUUUCAGGACAUGGAUUAGAUCUAAUUUAACAGGGAGGGAGGAUAAUACAUUUUUAUUCACACAAACACAUGUUCUUUGUCUGCAAUAGUCCGGCCCGUACAGUCACUUAUCCUUUGAUGUAGAAAAGUGAUGGAAUUUAAAAUAUAUAUUUAUUUGCAUACUGACCACAGGAAAAACUCCUAAUCAUAGAUAUAUAUGUAUAUAUAUUUCUAGCUCUGGAUGGCCAGUCCUCCGCUGCACCUUGGUCCGGCAUUCAUUUCAAAGGAGCGCUACACUGUACUAAAAUGGCUGCUCUGUUGAUGCAUUCCUUCCAAUAGACAACAACAGGGUUGGCGACAUCUAAUGUAAAUAUCUAUGGCAACUAAUUCCUUACAAAUACUACUUGAACCUAAGCUAAUCUUUAAUAAAAUUUGUGUUCACAGUGUGCACAUUAUCUACAUUAAUCUUGUGUAAAAGCUAACUUACAUGAGGCUCUUACUCAUGAGUGUUUGAGUGCACGGUUAAAAGGUAGCCUAGAGCGCCAUCUGCUGUUAAAAACUAAGCUCAGAAUCAAUUCAAAAAAGAAUAGCGAUGCCUUUGUAAAAUAUUAGUAUCGAUGCCGAAUCAGUUUCUCGAUUGAUUUUUCAACUUUUGCUUUAGUAUGGGAUCAUCUAAAAAGUCCACACACUAAAAUUUUCAAAUAGUCUGUAUUUUGAUUGGUAAUUUUGAUUGGAUUAUUAAUAAUCUGGAUGGCACUCUAGGUCAUAAAUUGUUGCUUGCACAAACAAACAAAUUAGUUUUUUUAGAAGAGGAAUUUCUCCAAAUGCCAGGUAUUUUCUAAGGACAGAGGAGCCAAAAUUGAAAGAAGUUUAUUUAUUAAAAUGCUUGUAUUUGAAUGUACUGUAUAACCUUGAUUGUUGUUCAAAUUAAAGGUGCCAACUGGAUGAGAGGCUCAGUGAUGUACUGUAACUGACUACAUUAAUAAAAUCAC